ACAAGAAAGAAAAAUGAUUCUGACAACGCUUAUAAUUAUCGGUGCUUUGUCUGCAAUUUACUAUUUAAUUGGAAUUUACAAUGAAGUGUACUGGAAAAAACGUGGCAUUAAAUUGUAUUCGAAAAACAAAGUUUUGGGCCCAUUAGGAGAGUUCGUAAUAUCAAAACGAGCAAUGUUUCAAAUCUUUAGCGACAUUUAUAAAAUGUAUCCAGAUGAACCCGUUGUCGCUGUAGCGUCUCUUUUUACUCCCGCGCUUUACGUCAAAGAUGUAACCAACGUACAUCAUGUUCUAAAUGUAGAUUUCAAUUCCUUCAGUCAUAGAGGAUUUGAGGUUAAUGAAGGAGAUCAACUUGCCGAUAACGUUCUUUUUAUGAACGGUAAUAGAUGGAAAUUGAUGCGUCAAAAUAUGACUCCUCUUUUUACUUCUACUAAAUUAAAAAGUAUGUAUUAUAUACUAGAUCGCAGUGCAUUGGAUUUUGUAGAAUAUUUAAAACAGAGACCAGAACUGCUACAGAAGGAUACUUUUCAGACUCUUAACAUCUUUUGCAGUGCUGCUAUAGGAGCUUCUAUUUUCGGUAUCGAAAAUGAGUCUGUUUUUGACUCACCCUUUCUUCAAAUGGCGACCAAGGCCUUCGCACCCACAUUCAGGAUUAAUACAUUGCUUACCAUUGGCGCUUUCAAUCAAAAACUAUUUAAACUGUUGGGAAUCAAACUAUUUAAAGAACACGAAGACUUCUUUAUUGGAGCCAUAAAGCAAGUGAUUCGUAAGAGACAAGAAGAAAAAGUUAAAAAACACGAUUUCGCAGAUUUGUGUGUUGGUUUGAUAAAUAAAGGUGCGUUAAAAGACCACGACACAGGCUUAGAAAUACAACCAAGUGAGGAAAUAUUGGCAGCUCAAGCUUUCUUCUUCUUCGUCGCUGGAGUGGAACCUACUGCCACUGCCAUGUUUGGUAUAUUAGUAGAGUUAGGCAGGAAUCCGGAACAACUAAAGAGACUUCAUGAGGAAAUCGAUAAUUCAUUCGAGAAACAUGAUAAGAUGACAUAUGACAUCGUCAACGAAAUGGAAUAUCUCGACAUGGUAUACAAUGAAGCGUUAAGAAUGCAUCCGCCGAUAGGAAACUUGCUAAGAAAAUGCAUAAAGGAUACUGUACUACCAGUUGGCAAUGUAAGAGUUGAAGUUGGAACGAAAACAUUUCUUCCAAUAUACGACAUCCAUCACGACCCAAAAAUUUACCCGGAUCCUGAAGUUUUUAACCCUGAGAGAUUUUCUCGUGAAAAUAUAAAGAAUAUAAACAGCAAUGCAUUUAUGCCUUUCGGUGAAGGUAAGAGAUUGUGUAUUGGUAUCAGAUACGCAACUUUACAAGCAAAAGCUGGUUUGGUUCAUUUACUGCGCAACUUUACUGUAAAAACACAUGUUGGUCAAGGAGGAAUCAAAUACCAAAAGCAGAAUGUUCAAGUAAGGCCAACUAACGUAGAUGUACAAUUUAUACCAAGAGAUUUGCGUAAAAAUAUGUAA